AUGGCGUCAGCACAGGAUCUGAGCUGGCUUAGAAGGAGUACAUUUCUCUUCUCUCUUCUAUACUUUAUAGCUACAGCUGAGGGUAUUAAACAAGAUGAAAUUCAAUUCAACUGUCCCAGCGAAGGAUUAUUUGCCGAUGAAACCGAUUGUCAAUUGUACUAUAGAUGUGAAGAAAAGAGCGACCAAGAAGAACGCUUCAUCAAACCAUACGAGCUAAAAUGCAAAGAUGGUACGAUAUUUUCAAAGGUACUGAGAAUAUGUGUCCCUCCUAUGAUAGCUGGACGCACAGAAUGCUUAAAUUACAUGAACGAAGUCGAUAACGAGAAUGAUAUGAUGACUGUAGCUUCACCAAUGCAGCGACUUGGUGUUGGCCUUAAUGGUGUUUCGAUAAUUUCAAUGUCAACAUCAUCAUCGAGGUCAUUGGCUGAUGGAUCCGAUGAUCCUUUGCCAUGUGAAGAUGAUGGAUUCCUUUCAGAUCCUGAUGAUUGUACGGUGUUUUAUAGAUGUAUUUCACACAGAAGGGGUUUUAAUAAAAUUGGAUUCCGUUGUGCCGAAGGAACAGCGUGGGAUGAAUCUUUGCAGUCAUGUAAUCAUAUUGCAGAUGUUCGUGCCGGUGGUGGUUGCUUGAGGUUAGAUGAUGAUGAUAAACUUACCAAAGAUCACUCAUCUUGGUCAAAUUCUACAAGUAGCAAUUCAACAUCUUCUUCAAGUUCAUCUUCGUCAUCAACAGUCAACAAUCAGUCAUCAUCUUCUUCAUCCUCAACUGAGAGCUCAUCAAGUAGUCAUCAAUCAUCCUCAUCUUCAACAAGCGGCAACAACAAUCAAUCAUCCUCGAACCAAUCUUCUGCAAACAAUCAAACAUCAUCAAAUACGGGUGGUGGACAAAAUUCCACAAAUAAUCAGUCAGGCUCUUCGAGCCAACAGAGUUCAUCUAGUAGUGGGGGUAAUCACAAUGCUUCAAACAACCAAUCCGGAUCUUCCAACCAACAGAGUUCAUCUAGUAGUGGUAGCAACCAAAAUACUUCACACAACCAAUCCGGAUCUUCCAACCAACAGAGUUCAAACAGCCAGUCCGGAUCUUCGAACCAACAAGGUUCGUCUAAUAGUGGUGGUAGUAAUCAAAACACUUCCAACAGUCAAUCAGGAUCAUCGAGCCAGCAGAGUUCUUCGAAUAAUGGUAGCAAUCAAAAUGGUUCAAGUAGCCAGUCAGGAUCAUCUAACCAACAAAAUGCCACAAACAACCAGACCGAAUCUUCCAACCAACAGAAUUCAUCUAGCGGAAACACUCAAUCUGGUUCAUCAAGCAUUAAUAAUGCUUCAAACCAGAAUUCAAACAAUCAAUCCAACUCAUCAUCAUCAAACAAUCAAUCAAACCAAAACCAAAAUGCAUCUAACACUGGAACUAGUCAGGCUGCUAACAAUCAAUCCAAUUCAUCGACUAAUCAAAGCUCUAACAAUAGCAAUCAAAACAAUUCAUCGAGCAGUCAAAAUUCUUCGAAUAACCAAUCAAAUUCAUCAAGUAAUCAAAAUACCUCAUCAAAUAACACUAAUCUAGAAUCAUCAAGUAGUGAAACUUCAGAUGUUAUCGGAACGCCAGUUGGUAACUGUGAAAUGGACGAUACUUAUUUGGCUGAUGCCAAAAAUUGCACAAAGUUUUAUAAGUGUGUUGAUGAUGGAAAUGGGGGAUUUGAUGUUGUUCCAUUCACUUGUGGUCCUGGUACUGUAUGGGAUGCAGGCUCUAAGGGAUGUAUUCACCCCAACUCCGAACAAGCUAACAAAUGUGGAAUGUCGGGAAACGAGUCAGAAGGUCAAUCAUCAAGCAAUCAGUCUUCAAAUAAUCAGUCUUCCAGUAAUUCGAGUUCAACAAACAAUCAAUCGAAUUCUUCUAACCAGGGGUCAUCUAACCAAUCAGAAAAUCAAGGUUCUCAAAAUAACCAAGGCAAUCAACAAUCCAGUAGUCAAGGAUCAAACAACAAUCAGAAUCCAAACAAUCAACAAUCCUCGGGAAACAGUCAAAACUCAUCACAAAAUCAAUCCAACAGUAGCAAUCAGCAAUCAUCAAGUUCAUCACAAAAUCAAUCAGGUUCUUCAAAUUCUCAAAGCUCUAAUCAGACUGCCGAUAACCCGGCUGGUGAAUGUCUAGCUGAGAGCACCUAUCUUGCUGACAAAUAUGACUGUGUUAAGUUUUAUAGAUGUGUUAGUAAUGGUAAAGGAGGGUAUGAUACAGUUCCUUUCAAGUGUGGACCAGGAACUGUUUGGGAUGCAGCAGCAGAAGCAUGCGAUCAUCCAACCCAAAAUCAAUCGGAUCAAUGUGCUGUAAUGGCUGCAUCGAAUACUGAAAAUAAUUCUGGUGCUAAUAAUAAUCAGUCCGGAAGCAACCAGUCAUCAAGCAAUAACCAAUCAUCCAGUGGUUCGCAGGGAUCAAGCACUAAUAAUAAUAAUAAUAAUGAAUCUUCUAGUUCGAAUAACCAGUCAUCUAGCAACAAUCAAUCAACCUCAAAUUCCAACAAUAAUCAAGGAUCAAAUAAUAAUCAGUCAUCUGGUUCAAAUUCAUCUAACAACGAGUCACAGUCAUCAAGCAAUAAUCAAGGAUCCAGCACCAGUCAAAAUUCGAAUAACAACCAAGCAUCUAAUAACAAUCAAUCUUCAGGUUCAAGUUCCAAUACCCAAUCACAGGGUUCAAGUAAUAAUCAGGGAAACAACAACAAUGAGUCCACAAGUAACAACCAAUCAUCGAACUCUAGUUCUAACAAUCAGGAAUCUAGUGGAAACCAACAAUCGGGAAAUAACCAAUCUUCUAGUUCAAGCAAUCAGUCAUCCAAUAAUCAAUCAUCAAGUUCAUCAAACAAUCAAUCUUCAGGAAAUUCAUCCAAUAACCAAUCACAAGGUUCAAAUAAUAACCAGGGAUCGGACAACAACCAGUCAUCAAGCAGCAAUCAAUCAUCAAGUAACAAUCAGUCAACAAGCGGCAAUCAAACUCAAGGUAGUUCAAAUAAUAACCAAGGAUCUAAUAACAAUGAGUCAUCAGAAAACAAUCAAUCAUCAACCUCAAGUUCUAACAACCAGGGAUCUAACGUAAGCAACAACCAGUCGUCAAGUUCUGGUAAUCAGUCAUCUAAUAAUCAGUCUCAAGGAUCAAAUAGCAAUCAAGAAUCAUCCAACAAUCAAUCUUCAGGAAGUUCAUCCAAUAACCAAUCACAAGGUUCCAACAGUAACCAAGGAUCUUCAAGUUCAUCAAACAAUGAAUCUGCAGGAAGUUCAUCAAAUAACCAAUCCCAAGGUUCUAACAGCAACCAAGGAUCGUCAAGUUCAACAAACAAUGAAUCUGCAGGAAGUUCAUCCAGUAACCAAUCACAAGGAUCCAACAGUAACCAAGGAUCGUCAAGUUCAUCAAACAAUGAAUCUGCAGGAAGUUCAUCAAAUAACCAAUCCCAAGGUUCUAACAGCAACCAAGGAUCGUCAAGUUCAACAAACAAUGAAUCUUCAGGAAGUUCAUCAAAUAACCAGUCAGGAGGUUCCAACAGUAAUCAAGGAUCAUCAAGUUCAAACAAUCAAUCUUCAGGAAGUUCUUCAAACAACCAGUCACAAGGUUCAAACAAUAACCAAGGAUCAUCAAGUUCAAACAAUCAAUCUUCAGGCAGUUCAUCAAAUAACCAGUCCCAAGGUUCAAACAGUAACCAAGGAUCAUCAAGUUCAUCAAACAAUCAAUCUUCGGGAAGUUCAUCCAAUAACCAAUCGCAAGGUUCUAACAGUAACCAAGGAUCUUCAAGUUCAUCAAACAAUCAAUCUUCAGGGAGUUCAUCCAAUAACCAGUCCCAAGGUUCAAACAAUAACCAAGGAUCAUCAAAUUCAAACAAUCAAUCUUCAGGAAGUUCAUCAAAUAACCAAUCCCAAGGUUCCAAUAGUAACCAAGGGUCGUCAAGUUCAAACAACCAAUCUUCAGGAAGUUCAUCCAAUAACCAGUCCCAAGGUUCUAACAAUAACCAAGGAUCAUCAAAUUCAAACAAUCAAUCUUCAGGAAGUUCAUCAAAUAACCAGUCGCAAGGUUCCAACAGUAACCAAGGAUCUUCAAGUUCAUCAAACAAUCAAUCUUCAGGAAGCUCAUCAAAUAACCAGUCUCAAGGUUCCAACAGUAACCAAGGAUCAUCAAGUUCAUCAAACAAUCAAUCCUCAGGAAGUUCAUCCAAUAACCAGUCGCAGGGUUCCAACAGCAACCAAGGAUCAUCGAGUUCAAACAAUCAAUCUUCAGGAAGCUCUUCCAAUAACCAGUCCCAAGGUUCCAACAGUAACCAAGGAUCAUCAAGUUCAUCAAACAAUCAAUCUUCAGGAAGUUCAUCAAAUAACCAGUCUCAAGGUUCCAAUAAUAACCAAGGAUCAUCAAGUUCAUCAAACAAUCAAUCCUCAGGAAGUUCAUCCAAUAACCAGUCGCAGGGUUCCAACAGUAACCAAGGAUCAUCGAGUUCAAACAAUCAAUCUUCAGGAAGUUCUUCAAACAACCAGUCACAAGGUUCAAACAAUAACCAAGGAUCAUCGAGUUCAAACAAUCAAUCUUCAGGAAGUUCAUCCAAUAACCAGUCCCAAGGUUCAAACAGCAACCAAGGAUCAUCAAGUUCAUCUUCUAAUCAAAGUUCUUCAAACAACCAAUCUUCUACUGGCAACGAAAAUAAUUCAUCGAAUAAUCAGCAGCAGGCUGGGUCAUUGGGAUCUGAUGGAAAAUGCAAGCAGGAAGGAUUCAUAGGAGAUGAUACCGACUGUUCAAAGUUCUAUCGAUGUGUCAGCAAUGGCAAAGAUGGAUUUGAAAAGUAUUCAUUUUCCUGCGGUGGAGGAACAGUAUGGGAUGAAUCUUCAAAUGCUUGUAACCAUAAAUGGGCAGUAACUGGAAAAUGUGGUACAGCCACAAGCCAACCAUCAGGUGGUAACCAAUCAUCAAACAACAACCAAGGUUCGAGCAGUAAUCAGUCAUCAAGUAGUAACCAAUCAUCAUCAUCGAAUAAUAAUAAUCAAGGCUCCAACUCGAAUAACCAAUCAUCAAGCAACAAUCAGGGCUCGAAUAAUAAUCAAAGCUCUAACAACAAUCAAUCAUCCACCACCGGACAGGGUUCUAACAAUACACAAUCGUCAUCGGGUGCCAACCAAUCUUCAAACAAUAACCAAGUAUCGAACAAUAAUCAAUCUUCCAGCACUCAGGGCCAGGGAUCAUCUUCAAACUCUCAAUCAUCCAAUAACAACCAGAGUUCAGGAUCUGGAUCUGAAACAACUUCAAAGCCAAUUGAUGCACCUCCAACAAGCAGUACAGUUGGACCACCUGCUGGGCAAAAUGGAGUAUGUCAACGUGAAGGUUUUAUGGGACAUGAAUCGAACUGUGCCAAAUUUUACCGAUGCGUCAACAACGACAAAGGAGGAUAUCAGCGGUAUGAGUUUGACUGUGGCAAGGGAACAGUAUGGGAUGCCUCAAUUGAGAGCUGUAACUAUCCUUGGGCUGUGCAUAAUGAGAAAUGUGGACAAGCGGCGCCACAACAACCAGGAUCUCAAUCUUCAGGGCAAUCACCAACAUCUCAACCUGCAACAUCACGUCCCCCUCAAACACAACCCACAACAUCUAAGAAACCGAUGACAUCAACGGAGGAAUCCAAAGAUCCAUCACCAUCAUCGUCUUCAACAUCAAAACCAACGCAUCCUCCUGCUCAGCAGAGCACAACACAAAAGCCAACUGUAGGAAAUGGAAGCAUUGAAACUAGUUCAUCUACUCAAAAGCCUUCAUCAAAUGUCGUCUGUCAAAAUGAAGGCUUCAUUGGAGAUCCCAACGAUUGUGCUAAGUUCUACAGGUGUGUAGAUAAUGGAAAGGGUGGCUUUAACCAAUAUGAAUUCAAGUGUGGUGAUGAAACAGUUUGGGACAAUGAGCUACAGAUUUGUAAUCAUGAAAGCUCUACAUGUGGUUCUGGCACAACUGGACAAAAUCCAGUUACUGAAAACCCAUCCCCACAAAAGCCAACGACACAACAAUCAAUAUCACAACAGUCAACCACACAGCAACCAACUACACAAGAUCCAAAUAAUCAACCAACAACUACACAACAACCAUUGACGGAACAACCAACUUCACAACAACCAACAACGGAACAGCCAUCUACACAACAGCCAUCGACUGGAAGCUACACUACAACAGAGGCUUCGCAAACAACAACUACAUAUAAGCCAACAACUGAAUCAGAAAAGGUUCCUGAAAGUUCUACAACAAUUCAACCAAGUUCUACAGAUUUUCCAACAGAUCCUCACGCGACAUCAAAACCAACCUCUGGGGUAUCUUGUAGUAAGGAAGGAUACAUGGGUGAUUCUGAAGACUGCCAGAAAUUUUAUAGAUGUGUUGACAAUGGCCAAGGUGGCUUCCAUAGAUAUGAAUUCAGCUGCGGUAAUGGAACGGUUUGGGACGAAGGCGUUCAAACAUGUAACUAUCCAGAAGUCGUAGAGAAACCAACGUGCAAGUCGAUGUCCCCUGCAUCUAAACCUCAAGAAACUACAACUAGUAUAUAUGAAACAACCUCACCAAAAGAAUCAACCACAACUACUCAAUACCCAACAACCACCACUGAUCAAGUGACAUCAACCCCGCAUUAUACAACCACAACGAUACAAUCAGAAACUUCGACAAAUUAUCCAACAACUUCUUCAUUUAAACCAACAACUCAAGAAGUUACAAGUUCAGGUUACUCGACUACGGAAGGUUCGACCACAGAUACAACAAUAAUGCCAACUUCUGGAACGGAAGAAAAGGUUCCCAAUUUACCGCCAGGUACUGAAUGCUCAGGUGAAGGCUUCAUGGCGGAUCCUAAUGACUGCAAGAAGUUCUACCGAUGCGUAAUUGAAGGUGACAAGGGACUCAUUCGUCACGAAUUCGAAUGCGGCAACGGUACUGGCUGGAGUGAAGAUCAACAAACUUGUGACUUUAUGGAGAAUAUUGAAAGAUGCGCUGGUCAAAUAAGCUCCACAGAUUACCCAUCGACUAAUCCUGAUUCCACUACAAAUAACUAUGGAACAACGACAACAAGCAUCCCAAUAACCACAAUAACACCAGAAGAACAAACAACUACAACACAAAAUUCUCCAACCACAACGACAACUGAUAUUACUGAACCCUCCACAACUUUCUAUCCCACGUCUCCCGGUUCCGAAACAAUUACGACAACUAUUUCUACAACUGGCAUGGAGACUUCAACCAAUCCCUCGGAGAUGACGUCUUCUCCACCAAAUAUCAAUUGCACAAAAGAAGGUUUCUUCCCUGAUCCAAAAAAUUGUUCUAAAUAUUACAGAUGCGUUGAUUCAGACCAAAAUGGAAAAUAUACCAUAUAUAGCUUCAGCUGUCCAAAUGGAACUGUCUGGGAUACAUCAGUUGAUACAUGUAAUUACGCCGAUCAAGUGUCUGGACAGUGUUCAUCUGGAAGUACAUCAAAACCCGGAACAUCAACUGAUCAGCCAGAAAGCACUAGUACCAUAAGCAGCGAACAAACUACAGAAACUACUACUUUGUAUCCAUCUUCUAUGACAACUACAACAGAAGCACAGGAAAGUACAACAAUAGGCAAAGAAGAACCAAUACACCCAAACAAACCAGGAACAACAACCGAAAUUCCACCAACUGAAAUCACAACCACAACCACUAAUGCACCAACAACUGAGACUACCCAAGUUCCAACUACUAAUGAACCACCAAUCACUGGAUCCACAGAAAACAUUCCCCCUACUAAACCACCAACUAACAAUGGAAGCUCACCUUGUCCAUCGACAAACUCCGAUCAGGGGCUGUUUGUCUGUCCAACUGGCUUCAGAAGACAUCCAAAGAGCUGUGAUAUGUUCUACCAGUGUACGAACAAACCAGACAGCUACGACUUUGGGGUAGUGGUAUUUAAAUGUCCAAAUGGAACAGUUUAUGAUGAAAGUCAAAACCUUUGUAAUACUCCAUCAAAAAUGGAAGAACAAUGCCAGAGUUCGUUGCUUAGAUCUUCAUUCUACGAGGACGAAAUUAAACGAAGAAAUAUGGUCGAAGUGAAAUCAUCAACACCCCUUUGCCCCAGCGAAGGGCAUUUUGCCCUUAACGACGACAACUGCGGACCUAUGUUCAUCAAAUGUGGCCGCUCUCUGGAAACUAACCGAAUGGAAGGACAAAUUUAUCGUUGUCCUGAAGGAUUCGCAUAUUGGUCCGUCAGUCGUCGAUGCGAACGCACACAAAAAUUAAUUAAUUGCAAUACUAGGCGCUAUGACGUCAACAGUGCAAUUCCUGUCGAAUGGAUAAAUAUUGGCAACCGUCGACGAAGCCUUCGGAUAUAAGACUUAUAGUUUAUAGUUUGAUAAUUAGCUUAGGUGUCUGCAACAAAUCUCACCGAAUGUCCUUGAUGCUACAUACUCAUAUGUACAUACAUAUGUAUAUAUAGUUGCUGCUGUCGUGAACGAUUCGGCAAACUUAAUUAGCUGAAAUUUGCGAUGGCAGCAAGUAAUUUGCAAUAAGUGCAUUCAUAAGACACCUAUUAGCUUCAAAUAGAAACGCAUUAAAUUCCCACUUAGAUUUACAUACCUAUAGAUUUAUAUAAAUACUCCUUUAUAGCUAGCAUCUCAGGUGUAAUUUGAAAUUAUUGUGGAUCUACAUAAUGUAGUCCUUGUAGCAAUAUACAUAUUGUUUUCAAAAUGGGAGCUGGAAUUUCGGGAUGAACAACUUUAAGUUAAAAUGGUGAAGGAUUUUAUAUAAUUUUAUUUGCAUUUAAUAGUUUCAUUAUUUAACUUUAUUAAAUUGAAUUUUAAUUUGCAUAGUACUCAUAGUAAACAAAUAAAGUGUUCUUUAAUAAAUAAAAAUUAGCAAAUUUAUAGGUUAAGCAAUUAUACUCAAGAGAAGAGCAUUAAGUUUGUAUGUUUUUAGAUUGUAGAUAUUUAAUAGAUUGAAAUGAGUAGAUACUUUAUUUUGGGUAUGAAAGACUUUUUUACGAAAUGCUUUUGAAACUUAUUUAGCUUUAAGACAACUAUAAUACAGAUAUUUAUUUUAAGAAAAUUAAAAAAUCAUGCCAUAUAUGUACUUAUGAAUGCAAAACUUUAAAUAA